AUGAAUCCACAUAGAAUUAUAAGAAAUCCAAAUGUUUCAGUUCGUUCGAUAGUAUACGAUUUCUUGGAUCGUAUUGAUUACAAUAUCCUUAAUCAACCCCCUUGCAAUGGUAAUGCAAAUGUGCUCGCGGCAUAUGCAAGAGGCGAUUCAUUAAUUCAAGUAUUAACUGGAAAAGGCCUCUUCCGACAAAAUUUAGAGAAGGAAGCUCGCCGAUUACGAAUUCGUAAUAGACUAGUAAUUAAAACUGCGACGGAAAAGAUUUGGAACUUACACUUAACGAGCCUUCAACGCGAUAGAUUUGAAAGGUUGGCCAAUGAUGCAAAUAAUUUUAAUCAAAACGGGAUGCGAUUUUUUACCGAAAAUACCCAGGACAGGAUCGCUGGCAUAACUAUUGUACAAACGACGAAUAAUCAGUUAGUGGAUAACUUUUAUAACGGAAUGGUGUUUAAUGAUUGCGAAUCUAUAAUACCAGGGUAA